AUGCCUGACAGCCUGGAGUCGAAAACCUUUUGGAAGUGCAUUGACCGCACAAACUGGCCAGAUUUUAUUGAUAUUGGCGACUUCAUCCUCGAUACCACAGGCAUCCUGUUCACCACCCUGGCACUGAUCCUACUCUCAAAAGAGCACGCCGGUCCCAAGAUCAGUCUCAUCCUACUACGCGGCAUGCUUGCCUCCCUGCUGCUCUCA